AUGCCCGCGAAUGCGGGCAGGACUUCGCUACCCACGCUCGCGGAGCAGGAGAGCCAGGAUGAGCACCAGCUCUAUCGCCAACAUCUUGAGCAGCAUGCUUCUACAGAGCAACACAUGCAACAUCCACCAGUCAACUCGCUGCCUUUGACACCACUCACACCACUCGGUGCACCGCCGCCGCCGCCAGUGCCGCCAGCUCAUCGGCAACUACCUCCACCUUUCCCACAGCCUCCACCACCGGCGCCCGCACAUCCGCCGGUCCAGCAUCACUAUGUUCCGCCACCAAUCACAUCAGCUCCGCAUCAUGAUCUGAUCCAGCACUCGAAUGGAACUCAUCAAGUCUUCUUCGACCCAGCGACCGAUGUUCAGGGCGUUCGUGAAGAUCUCGACUGGCUGUUCGGUAACCAACUCACUGACGCAAAUGCCGAUGCUUACUACACCGCACCUUGGUCGAACGCUGUUCCGCCUUCGCUCUCUCCGAGCAGCACCAAUUCGUUCCAGGGCCAUGAUACCAGCAGUUCUACGCCGGUCGGCGAAUGGAAUGAAGUGCGCGCUGGAGUCUUGUCAGCACUGGACUUGAUUCUUCCUGCUCCCAUCCUUCAGAGCUCCUUCUUCGAAGCUGAAAGCAUGCAGAACUUUUGCAGUCUCUACUUCAACAACUACAAUGCACAUUUUCCGAUCUUACAUCAACCUACAUUCACUCCACAGAUGGUGCCGCCGCUGCUGAUGAUCGCCGUUCUGACACUGGGAGCGACCUUAAGCCCUGAUGAGUCUCAUUUUGAGACUGCUGAGCGCAUUCAGGAUAGUCUGCGGUUUUUGAUCUUCAACUCAGAAGCCUUCAGCCCACCAGCACCGUUAUGGUGCCUGCAAGCCUUACUGCUAUGCCAGGCCCAGCAGAAGAUGUUUUCGACUCGCAAGCAUCACGAGAUGGCGCACAUCUUCCAUAGCGCGAUCAUCACAUUGAUGAGACGUGGUAGUUCCUAUUCCGCAGAUCGGGGUACGUCUCAAGAACCAUCUUCGCUGGACAAGGCAUGGCGGUCGUGGAUCGAUCGAGAGCUCGGCCUUCGUGCUGCUUACUUUGCAUUUGUGAUGGACGCCCAACAUGCUUCAAUUUUCGGGCAUACACCAGCUCUGUCGGUCAGCGAUCUUCGUCUGCCCCUGCCUUGUCCAGAUCGCCUGUGGGAUGCCACUUCCGCGUCAAGAUGGAAGCGAGAACAAGCAAGGCAAGAAGACAUGCCCGAGUUCCUGCCAACACUGAGAGCAGUCCUGGCUCGAAUGCCGUUGUCUUCCGCCUUCUGUGCCUUCUCGCGCUUCAUCAUAUUGCACGGAAUAUUCUCUCUGGCCAAGCACAUGGAAGCAAGAGAGACCACAGCUUUGGACGUGGGCACUACCAAAUUAUCGCUCGAAGAUGCACGAAGCACACACAGCGGUACACAGUCAGAGGUGGGCGACGGAUGGAAGGAAACUCUGGAUAGGGCCAUCGAGACCUGGUCAUUCUCGCUGAUGUCGCAAGAGCCGUCAUUGUGUCUGGAGGCGGCCCGAACGCUGCAGCGAAUUGCUCACGUGUGCCUGCAUGUCAAUUUGAUCGACUUUCAUGUGUUCACUGGCGCUCUAGCUGGAUCGCCGUCACUCACAGGUAACGACAUUACACCAGCAGCUUUUACACGAGCUCAGCAGCGCAUUCAGCAUUGGGUUGCUAAGCCUGUUGCGAAGAAGACUCUGUCGCACUGCUUCAUGAUGAUUCAGGAAACACUGUUUUCUCGUCACCAGUAUAGAGCGGCCGAGGAUAACAUUGCUCUGAGACCAUGGUGUCUAUACAACGCGACACUCAUCGUCUGGUCGUGGGGGACUCUCACCCAAGGAAAAUCUGACUUACCCUAUCUGCCAGCAGAGGAGUACAUCAUUCACAUGAUGAAUGCACUACGCAGCGGCACAACAGCGCAUCCCAUGGCGAGCGCCAACCGCAAUGGCGGCUUAAUGACUGCAGUUCAGCGAGCACUAACCGGCUGUCGAUGGGAAUUGUUGCAAGAAGCAUAUGUCACGCUUGGCAAGCUCAUAGCAAUUGAUCCCCAAGUCGUGGCCAGGGCUACGCAUGGCUGA